AUGGCUAAGGCCACUACCUUCGAGCAGCCAUGUUUCUUCCCACCACUUGUCUCGCAAUUUGGGCCGCAAUCAGUUCGACCUGAAAUGCCAGAGCUACGAAAGUCUGUCACUGUGCCACUGAAGGGGCUGGAUGCGCAGCUGCUAACUUGUUGGCUUCAUUCGGAAAAUGUCGAUCUUGUAUCUCUGCUGAGAACGGCCUGGGCAGUGGUACUGCGAGCCUAUACCUCUGGAUAUCACAUUUGCUGCGGUCUGGUAGAUUGUGAAAAGGACAAAGGACCUGCAAAUGACGGGCCAGGCUUGAGAAAACACAUCAAGGUCUACGAAUCUACCAUCACUAGCUUGACAUCAACCCAGGGGCUUCACCACCAUGGGGAGCACUCAAACGCGUCUGAGAGCUUUGAGUUCAUCACAGCUGAUGAUUCUCUGCCCGCUCAUAGCUGGCCCUUUAAUUCUAUUGUCUAUAUUGAUUGCAAUGACCUUCGAAAUGGAGCUGGGUCGUCGUACAUGUCACUGACUAGUAUGUGCAGAGAGGGAUUGAGCGAAUUUCAAAUUAUCGUCCGCCUCUGUCGCGAUGAAUCGACCGGUUUACUUUCAAGCGUUAUCGACUAUACGACCACGGUCCUCUCGCACGAGCAGGCCCAGGCUGUGGCAGAAACGCUGAACAAACCCAUAUCAGAAUUUGACAUCAAGCGCUUGGUCCGAUGGAAUCAAGCCCCUCUGAGUAUGCCUCGCCUGGAACAGUGUGCAUUCCAGUCGAUUUCCCGACGGUGCGUAGAGCAGCCCGACGCAACAGCAGUUUCGGCAUGGGACGGUGAACUGACCUACGGGGAGCUCCACCAGCGCUCCUCCACUCUCGCUGCUCAUUUAGCCGAGCUUGGACUGGGUUCUGGGGUUUUUGUGCCUCUCUUUUUCGAGAAAUCCAAAUGGGCGGUGGUAGCGCUUCUUGGAGUGAUCAAGGCCGGGGAUGCCUUUAUUCUGAUCGAUACUUCCUACCCACUCAAACGCAUUCCCGCCAUCUGCCAGCCAGUGUGUGCCAAGGUGGCAGUUGUUUCCCCAAAGCAGCAAUGA